UUGUGGGCAGGGCAUGGGCGGGGCGAGAAGGCUGCUCCUGACCGAGGGAGCCUCCGUGGGUCCGCGAGUAGGGAUCGCCGAGCAGACUGGGACCGAGGAGGCCAUGAGUGCGCUGGACCUUGGUCGCGUAGGGGCGUGUGUCUUGAAGCAUGCAGUGACCGGGGAGGCCGUGGAGCUGCGGAGCCUAUGGCAGGACAAAGCGUGUGUGGUGGCCGGUCUGCGACGCUUUGGUUGCAUGGUGUGCCGUUGGAUCGCCCAGGACCUCAGCAACCUCCGGGGCUUCCUGGACCAACACGAUGUGCGCCUAGUGGGCGUGGGGCCUGAGACCCUGGGUCUGCAGGAGUUUCUGGACGGUGGUUACUUCUCAGGAGAACUCUAUCUUGAUGAGAGCAAGCAAUUCUAUAAGGAGCUGGGCUUCAAGCGGUACAACAGCUUAAGCAUUCUGCCAGCUGCCCUGGGAAAACCUGUGCGCGAUGUAGCCUCCAAGGCUAAGGCUGCUGGUAUCCAGGGAAACCUGUCUGGGGACCUACUGCAGAGUGGAGGGCUGCUGGUGGUCAGCAAAGGUGGUGACAAAGUCCUGCUACACUUCAUCCAGAAGUCCCCAGGUGACUAUGUUCCCCAAGAGGACAUCUUGCAGGCCUUGGGCAUCUCGGCAGAGGUUUGCUCCAGCAAGCCACCCCAGUGCGAUGAAGAGGUUUGUGGGAGGUGACAUGUGACACCCGGAGGCAUCUGCAACCUUGCAUUUAUUUGGAGUAGAAAGAAUCACCGUGGAUCCCCUGGGCCAGGACGCUGGGCCCUGUUCAUCUUUGGAC